AUGGCCGAUCCAGUGCUCCAGUUUAAUGCAAGCUCCUUCGCAAAUACAUUCUUUCAAAGAGAUGCUCUACCUGUCGAGGUGGCUGAAGUACUGAAGCAACUCGCCCCGUCAUCGUUCGCAGAUACAGCCGCCCUUGCGACAGUCGGUCUGGUAUCAUCAGCAUAUCUGCUCCGCCGGUACACAUGGGACAAGCCAGACCCAUAUGGACACAUCUUCUAUGAGCGGCCUCAGGCCCAGGAGGGAUUCUUGAGCAAGACUAAAACGACCAGAAAUAUUGCGGAAAGAUUAGAGGAGCUUAAUAAAGAUGCAGUCGUCUUUUGGGGUUCCCAAUCCGGCACGGCCGAGGGCUUCGCCAACCGCCUCGCAAGAGAAUUGCAUCAGAGACUUGGUCUAGACGCCCUAUCAGCAGACUUGUCAGACUUCGACUCAAAAACAAUCGCGCUCAUCCCGCAGAGCAAGAUUGCCAUCUUUAUUCUCUCCACGUACGGUGAGGGAGAUCCGAGUGACAAUGCCGGGCCCUUCUGGGACUGGCUUAACAAGCUCGCGGAUAGCAGCGCCUUGUCUUCUCUUCGCUAUGCUGCCUUUGGACUGGGAAACACCCAGUACAGAUAUUACAACCGGGUUGUGGACGUGGUCGACGAGGGUCUUCAGAAGGCCGGCGCCGAGAGAUUACUUGAUGUUGGCAGGGCCGAUGAUGCCGCCGGUGCGACCGAGGAGGACUUUCUGGCUUGGAAGGACGACCUCUUCACCUUUUUCGUGAAGAAGCUUGGCAUGCAGCAGCAUGAAGUCAAGUACGAGCCUCAGCUGUCUGUUGUACAAGAUGACUCCCUCGACUUGUCUGAUUUGCACCUGGGUGAGCCGCUCCGUUCGACAGACAAGGGCAGCAGUGAGGUCCGGCCGUUGAAGAUCCGAAGCUCUCGAGAACUGUUCAGCAACACCUCGCGAAAUUGUCUACAUCUCGACCUUGAUCUUACAGAGCACCCUCAGAUUACCUACAAGACAGGUGAUCAUCUUGCAGUCUGGGCUAUGAACCCGGACGAGGAGGUUGAGCGCCUUCUCACGGUGCUGGGCCUCACGGAACGCCGCAGCGCUCCCCUCUUGGUACAGGCACUCGACAAAUCAGUCAAGGUGCCAGUACCCUCACCCACAUCCAUCGAGUCCGUCCUACGGCAUUAUCUUGAAAUUUGUGCCCCGAUCUCACGAGAUGCCGUCAAGGCGCUCGCCCAAUUCGCGCCGACAGAAGUAGCCAAGACCUUCCUCAUCGCCCUCAGCGAAGACCGGACCAGCUUCGCCCAGUUCAUCGCCGACAAGCACCUCAACCUCGGCCGGCUCCUCGAGAUGUCGGCCCAGCAGGAGCCAGGGCCCCCUAGUUCCUGGACAUCCCUGCCGCUCUCGUUCCUGAUCGAGACACUCCCCAAGAUGCAGCCGCGGUACUACUCCAUCUCUUCGUCGAGCGUGAUCUCGCCCCGCGCCCCGAGCAUCACCGCACUCGUCUCAUCCACACCUGUAGCUACCUCCAAGUCCCAAGGCACAUCAGCAGCAGCAGCCUCCAUCCCAGGCCUAGCAACAAAUUAUCUCCUCGGCCUCUCACACUCCCUUGCCGCAACAACAACUACAGCCCCUGCCCCAGCCCACCCAGCAGGCCUGAGCUACGCCCUUUCCGGGCCAGACAACGCCCUCGCGGGCGGCAAGCUAUACGCCCACAUGCGGCGGUCCAAGUUCAAGCUGCCGGCGCAGCCGUCGCACCCGCUGGUGAUGGUGGCGGCGGGGACUGGAGUGGCGCCGUUCCGGGCGUUCGUGGCGGAGCGGGCGCGCAUGCGGCAGAUCGGCAAGGAGGUCGGCGAGAUGGUUCUGUUCUUCGGGUGCCGGCGUGCCAGCGAGGACUACAUCUACCGUGAGGAGCUGGAGGGCUUCGAGCGCGAGCUCGGCGGGCAGCUGCGGAUCGUCACUGCGUUCUCGCGCGAGGAGGGCUCGCCAAAGAUGUAUGUGCAGGACCGGGUGCGGGAGCUGGGCGCGGAUGUCGUGAGGCUUGUGCUGGAGGGGGGCGCGUCGGUGUAUAUGUGUGGCCGGGCGAGCAUGGCGAGGGAGGUUGGUGGAGUGUUGGGUGAGCUGGUCGGGGAGGAGAAGGGAUGGGGCCGAGAGCAGGUCAAGGAGUGGACUGAGAGGAUGAAGAGGAACAGGACGUGGCAGGAAGAUGUUUGGGGUUGA